CCUAACGUAACGUCCGUUGAUUUAAAACCCUAUAGGUGCUGCCGUCGUCCCGUUGAACCGACAAGAGACGUUAUGUGGCCGCACAGAAAUGUUCGUUAUUUGUAGUUAAACACGGGCGGCGGGCUAAAAUAAGUAGGACUCGCUUACUUUAUUGAAAGAAGAUGGAGUUCGAGACGACGGAAACAGCUCGCUCGACACCGAGUCGCCAUGAGAAAAGUUUGGGGCUCCUCACGAUGAAGUUUGUCAGUUUGCUUCAAGAAGCUAAGGAUGGCGUCCUUGAUUUGAAAGUGGCUGCUGACAGCUUGGCAGUAAAGCAGAAGAGGAGGAUAUACGACAUCACCAAUGUAUUGGAAGGAGUGGGGUUGAUCGAGAAGAAAAACAAGAACAUAAUCCAGUGGAGGGGGGAAAACUCAGGCAGCCAAACUCAGGAGGUGGUGGAGCAGGUGAAAGUUUUGAAGGCCCAAAUCUCUGAGCUGGAGGCCCAAGAGAAGGAGCUGGACAACCAGAAGGCAUGGCUAGAGGAGGACAUCAAACACCUUAGCCACAAUCCCAUCAGCAGCACUUAUAGAUUUGUGACACAUGAAGACAUUUGCAAUGCCUUCAGUGGAGACACUCUUCUUGCUGUAGUGGCUCCUGCUGGGACGCAGCUGGAGGUACCGCUACCUGAAAUGGGCCAGAGUGGUCAGAAGAAGUACCAGGUGAACCUACGCAGCCACUUGGCUCCCAUCCAGGUCAUGCUUAUCAACAGGGACACAGACUCCACAAUACCUGUGGUGUUCUCUGUGCCACCCACUGACGACAUCUGUCCAAUGCCAACUCCACCCAACACCCCCGCCAGCCUGCAGAGGUUCCCUCUCUCAACAUCUGUGUACUCCACCUCCAACACUACCUCCUCCUACUGCAGUCAGGACUCUUUCUGCUCAGACCAGCAGGUGGUGCUGCCAGGACAUGAUGGCCUACUGACGCCAUCAUCCACCCCUCCUGAGGUACAGAUGGAGUGUCACAGUCAGGAAGCAGCAGUGGUGGAGCAGCAGCAGAUGGACCUGGUGGGCUCAGAGUUCCAGUCUGUACUGGACGUGAACAGCCUGCUGAAGCUCAGUGCUGCUGGAGACCAGAUGAGGGAUGACAGGGAGGAAGGAGCUGUUGACCUGAUUGAUGAACUAAUGUCUACUGACGGUAUCGACUACAGCUUCAACCUGGACGACAACGAGGGAGUUUGUGACCUGUUUGAUGUGCGGAUCCUCAAUUACUGAUGGCUAACAGCGCCUCUGCUGUAGCAUAUACAAUCUUGGGAAGCACUCUCUACUUUUCUAAAGACGCUACAAAGAUACCUUUUCCUAUUUUACUUAUAAUUGCACAGAUGAUACUUAAACAUGCCAUUGUCAUGCCAUAAAACCCUUUCCACACAUUAGACUUCACUGCUGUCUGCCAGACAACUUCAGUUUAUUAUGCUGACCUUUUGUCCUCAGCCAACGCAAAACAAAGUGCCUGAAUUCAUUUACACAAAGAUAUUUAUGUUGCCAUGAGUCAUGUUUCCAUUGGGUUUUCAGUGGUUUACUAAAUAAGAUAUACUGAGUAAAUAUCUACAGCAUUGCAAGAAAUGAGGUGCCUGAGUGAGUCGAAGUAAGCCAGGAAAAGUCCUUCAGCCUCCUCCUGCACUUUUGCUUGAACGUAUUUUUCCACAUCCAGUGGAAAGUCUUGGUCAUGAAGAAAGCUUUCUUUAUGAACCAUUGCGAUUGUGACAGUGUUUUGCUGUAGUUGAUAUCACAGUAACAAUUCAGUAUUGGCUCCUUUCUAACAUAAGAUACAGGGUUGAUGAUCUAGUUCAGGGUAUGUAAGUAACUCUUUACAUGGAAAGCUAUUGUAUAAAAACCUAACCAGUUCCAUAGUUAUGGUUCAGAGAGUAGCAUACUGUAUUUAAUGAGUGAAUGUUUUGGUUGUGUUUUUUUAACCUUGUUCAAAUGCCAGAAAGUUUUCUUUUCUAAAUGAUCGAGACACUGCCAUUUUAGGCCUCUUGAGUUUUUGUUUUUUUUAAAAAAGUCUUAUAAUUACAGCUAUAUUUGAAAAAUUGAUAUUUUUUACUUAAUUUAAGAAAAAUCAUUCUUGGUUCAAGUUUGUUGAAACUGAAGCUGAAGCUGGUUGACUGCCUUAAUUGUAAUUCGUAAAAAACGAAUUUGCCAUAUUUCUAAUCAGAAAUAUCAGAUGUUGAGUGCCUUAAGUGGCAUAUAUGUAUAUUUAUAGUUUUCUUUGAUUACAAGUGGCCAUGUUUUUGUUACAUUUUGUUGUUUAUUUGCACAUAUUCUUUUUCAAUAAAUGGAUUUAAUCUA